AUCUAGUGAGAGCUCGGGGUCCGGGCGGCUGCUGCUGCUGCUGCUGCUGCAGGGGGGGAGGGGAAAGAGCCGAGCCGGAGAGAGUCCCAGUCCUGCUGUUGCCUGGUGCAAGGGGAGCAGUAGCGGCAGUGUGCGAACGGGGAAGGAAAGGCGCCCGGAGAGACCUUGCAUCUCGCACGCUGGGCUUCACCUUGUGACUCCCGAGGGCUCGUGUGGCAGGGCAGGGAAGGGGCUGGCACACACAAAGAAAUCGCUCCAAGCCCGGCAUGGUGCAGCAAGCGGAAAGUGCAGAGACUGAAAGCAACCUGCCCAGGGAGGCGAUGGACACCGAAGAGGGCGAGUUUAUGGCAUGCAGCCCGGUCGCUUUGGAUGAGAGCGACCCGGACUGGUGCAAAACGGCUUCAGGGCACAUUAAGAGACCGAUGAACGCGUUCAUGGUGUGGUCUAAAAUCGAGAGGAGAAAAAUCAUGGAGCAGUCUCCGGACAUGCACAACGCGGAGAUCUCCAAGCGCCUGGGCAAGCGGUGGAAAAUGCUGAAGGACAGCGAGAAGAUCCCCUUCAUCCGGGAGGCAGAGAGACUGAGGCUCAAACACAUGGCCGAUUACCCCGACUACAAAUACAGACCCAGGAAAAAGCCCAAAAUGGACCCAUCAGCCAAGCCCAGUGCCAGCCAGAGCCCGGAGAAAAACGCACCCACCAGCAGCAGCAGCAGCAAAAGCGCCAAGAGCUCCAGUAAGAAAUGUAGCAAGCUGAAGUCCUCCUCCUCCUCUCCCGCCAAGCCCGGGGCUAAAGCCACCCACCCCGGGGACUACGCGGGGGAGGACUAUGUCUACGGCACCCUGAAAGUGAGCAGCAAAACCGUCAAGUGCGUCUUCAUGGACGAGGAUGAUGAAGAGGAGGAGGAGGAGGACGAGCUGCAGCUCAGGAUCAAGCAAGAGGCGGAGGAGGACGAGGACGAGGAAGACGAGCAGCAGCAGCAGAGGCGAUAUAAUGUAGCCAAAGUCCCGGCCAGUCCCACCCUGAGCUCUUCGGCAGAGUCCACCGAGGGGGCCAGCCUGUACGAAGAGGUGAGGGGCAGCGCAGCCUCGCACGGCAGCAGCGGCAGCAAUAGACUGUACUACAACUUCAAGAACAUCACCAAGCAGAGCACCCAGCAGCAGCCCAGCCUGUCCCCGGCUUCCUCCAGGACCAUCUCCACCUCCUCCUCCAGCAGCGAAGAGGCGGACGACCUGAUGUUCGACUUGAGCUUGAAUUUCUCCCAGCACCCUCACGCCGCCUCGGAGCUGGGGGUGAGCUCCGCUUCGGGGAACCUGUCUCUGUCCCUGGUGGAUAAAGAUUUGGAUUCGUUCAGCGAGGGCAGCUUGGGCUCUCACUUCGAGUUCCCCGAUUACUGCACCCCGGAGCUGAGCGAAAUGAUUGCAGGGGACUGGCUGGAAGCGAACUUUUCCGACUUGGUCUUCACUUACUGAGCCGCUGGAAGGCGUGUCGCUGAUGAGAACAACCGUGCAGAGAAAUCGGAAAGGAAAGAUGAUGCUGGUGAUGAUGUGAUGGAAGUGGUGGAGUAAAAAAUGAAAUAAUAAAAUGUCUUUUCUUUAAAAAAAAAAGUCUCAAAGUUAGUUCCAAACCGAGCCCGGAGUUAUGUUUUUUGUUUUGUUUUGUUUUUUAAUUUGGUGAUCGCAACAACAAAAAGGCAUGGGGGACUGGGGGAAAAAUGAUUCAGAAGUCGAUGUUCGAAGCUUGUCGGUCUGUGAUUGAAGUCUGGAAGAUGGUCUGCAAAGAAGUCUUUUGGCAGCACAACUGUUACUCAAGGGGGUUUGUGGAUUUUUUUUCCCGUGAGAGAUCUUAAAAGAACUGUUCUGAUUUUUUUUCUGAAAGGGACCAUUGCAACUUUUUUUGGAGGGAGAAAACUGAUGUCUACUAUGCAUCCGAUUCUUAACAAAGCUGCAGGGAGCUUGAAAAAAUGCAGACUGUACAAACGCUUACAAAAAGAAAAUAAAAACUGUGAACUGACUUAAGAUCAGAGUUUACUUUUCAGAUCAAAUUGUCUAUGGUUUUACAAAUGUGAUUUCUACUUGCCAACUUUUUUUUUGUAACUUGUUCCCUUAUACCUCCUUGAUUGAAUACCAGACAGCCUAGACCUCAGUACAAAAAGGUAUUGAAACAUUUUUGAUACAUAACAGACCUCAGUCUUUUUUAAAAAUUAAUAUAUUUUCAGGCGUAUUUUUGUACAGUGAAAAGGGAACAUUCUUGCUGUGUUUUUUCAGUAAGACUUUUCAGGCACUUCUUCCCUUUUAUUUUUUUUUUCUUUUCUGUUUUUAGCAUGCAAGUUUGUUGGUACGUUACGUCCUGGUUUUAAAAGGAUUAAAAUUUUAAAAAUAAUCCUUGCAUCUAAAGGCCUUGUGGUUUAAAACAAAAAAAGAAACUUUUUUGUACAGCUAUAGUUCAGAUUUGUUCAAUAUUUGUAGGUAAAGAUUUAUUGAAAAUGGUGAUAUAGACCUCAGAGCUGUUAUCUUAGUUUAAAAGAUUGUAUAUGUACUGUACUAUAGUAGGACUUUAUGUAUCUCAUACGCUGUGAUAUGUGGAUGGGGCCCCAGAUGGAAGGUAUGAAACUGGAUUCUCGAUUUUUAGCAAAAAAAAGGCACAUAGUUAAAAAAAAGUUUCUCAUUUUGUGCAAUAUAAUCUAAAGUACAGACCAUCUGCAUAUUUUGUAGCAAAUGAUGGCAAAAGCAGACUUGUGCACUGUCAACAUCAUUGCCUUUUUUUUAUGCUGAAAGUCUGUAUCUUGACAAUUUUAAUAAAUCAGCUGGAACUGAUAGAAACUCGUAUCGCUAUUAGUGUCUGUAGAAGUAACGCUGGCGAUGCCCUGGCCCACGCCCCACCUGCGGAGCUGUAGGCGGCUGUGUCUGCAUGUAGCCAGGGGGGAGAAUGUUUAGACAGCUUUUUUAUUCCACGAACGUGUGAAAUCGCUGAUUUUACCCGGCCCCCCACCCGGCUUUCAGCGCCCAGCUAGCCUAGAAGGGGAGAGACCCCGGGGGUGGUCGGCCCCCAGGAGCCGAUAGAAAGAUGGCGGAGAGGGUCUCGGAGAACGUGAUUCCAGGCACGCUUUAGUGCUAGGUUCUCUGCCCGGUUACCUGCCUUCUGUCAUUGCUGCAUCGCCCCUCGGCGGAGUGGGGGGAUCGCAGCUGAGUGUGACUGGGGUGGGGGGGUCUAGUCCUCUCCCCAUCUCCGAGGGGGACGGGGGUAGGAACACCUUUCAGGCCGAGAUCCCUGCGCCUGGGAGGCGGGGAUGGCUCUGGCUCCCUCCCCCCACGUGUGCCAGCUCGCUCCCUGCUCGGGGUCUGCGCUGGCUCCCGGGUCCCCUCCACGUGGGCUCUGCUGUGCGGCGGGUUAGGCUGGCUGUGCGCGGAGGGGGUGUGUCCGGCCAUGUGCGGCUGGCGGCGGCGUUGGGCGCGCUGGUUAUUUUUAGCAGCUUCCGCCUCGCCGCCUCCCCCGCCCCCAGUCAGUCUUAAACCGGGAAACUGGGAGAAGGAGUCGGGGUGCAGCGGCGGGGAGAGACCGGAGAGCGGCUGGCUCCCCCGGGGCGGGGCGCGCCGCGCCGCGCCACCCUCCCCGCCCUUUUCCACUCCCCACACGCCGGCCGGGACAGCGCGGUGCUGGGCUGGCGGCUGCUUCCCGCCUCGCCGUGCAUCCCUUCCGGAGGGGCAGGCGAGGCAGCAGCGGGAGCCGUCAGAUUUCAGUUUUACAUUUUGAAAGAACUGCUGAUGGCAAUAAACAGACUCAAGGUGGAAGUGUGUUUCUCAAGAAGUUUACUUUUUAUCUGAUAGGCAUUGGUCGAUCCUUUAUCUUUAUCCACUAAUAAAUGAUCCAGCUGUUUACAAGGACAAUUCACUGUGCUGGUAAUUUUGGUGGCAACCACUGCUACAGGCUUUCAGACUUGCUGAAAAUGAAAAUCCUGCAUACAUAUUUGUAAGGCAUAAUAAAACACAACAUUUAAACCUGCAUGCAUGUUAUGUUUAAUCAAAGACAACUCUUAGGCAUUUAAGUGGUGAGAUAGCUACUUUAGGUUAGUUAAAUCUGGUAGUUAAAUGAUUCAUAUAAUCUGAUCUCUUUCUCAUAAUAAUAAUUAAAAAAAAACUUACUUAUGAUUCUAAAUAAAAGCUGUUUGGCCUAAAUCCUUGCUUUCAGAAAAGAGAUGCAGCAUAUCUGGGAACCUAAAUUUAUGUCUUGCAUUGUGAUAAUUCUUUAUGAAAAAAAACAACUGUUUUAAAACAAACAAGUACAACACACAAAAUAUCCUUGGCAAUGGAUAGUCCUCAAUAAAACAGAGUUUCUUGGAUUUUCAGUUUUUUUGGUCUCAAAUGAUUAGUAUGUUCUCUAUAUAAUUACUUAGCAAUUAGAUUGAAAACAAAUGACAUUUAUCUCUUCUAAGGCAAAAAAAA